AUGAACAGCACCCAGGUCCCGGUCGCUUACUUCAUCAUCCAAGGUCUGGACAGUCUGGGAGACAUACAGACCGCCCUGUUUGUCAUCUUUCUGGUGGCCUAUAUCAUCAUCCUUGGAGGCAACAGCAUGAUCAUCUUCCUGGUGCGGACCGACCCUAAACUCAACUCCCCCAUGUACUUCUUCCUGCACAACCUGUCUUUCGUGGACAUAGUCUACGCCUCAGUAACCUUUCCCAGCUUGCUGUCGGGGUUCCUGACUGAAAACAAAACCACCUCCGUCCCAGCCUGCUUCCUGCAGAUGUACUUCUACAUCCAGAUGGGGGUAACCGGCCGCGGUCUGCUGACCGUCAUGGCGUACGACCGCUACGUGGCGAUCUGCGACCCCCUGCGCUACACCGCCACCAUGACGGGCACCGUGCGCGUCCUCCUCGUCCUCGGGGCGUGGACGUUCGCUGCCGGCUGCACCCUCCCCGCAGUGACCAUGGCGACCCAGCGGUUCUACUGCGGUCCCAACGUGGUGUUCCACUUGUGGUGUGACCCGUCGUCCGUCCGGGUGCUGGUGUGCGGGAACACGAGUAUGGACAGCCUGGUGUCUCUGAGUUCGGCCCUGGUGGCUCUGAUCGGAACUGCGGUGCUCAUCCUCGCGUCUUACGUCAUGAUUGGGGUGGCUGUUGCCAAGAUGGCGGCGGCUCAGCGAUGGAAGGCAUUCACCACCUGUGCUGCUCACCUGACGGUGGUGCUCCUCUCCUACAUAACAGCCUUCUUCGUCUACAUCUCCUACCGCGUGGGAAACUUGUCACCAGAGGUGCGAAUGAUUGUGGCCAUGAGUUACUCAGCUAUGACGCCUUUACUGAACCCCAUCAUCUACAGCCUGAGGAACAAAGAGCUGAGAGAUGCUGUCAGGAGAUCCUUGUGCAGACUCAGAACUGUCACACCGAAGAGCUUCAGAACUCUCAACACCCUCUCCUGACUGUGACACGACAGGUUAACCCCCAACACGUUCCUUAUUGACCUAACAGCACAACCUAACCUGGCUAACUUACUCUUACCCAUUUAAGGAUCAGAUUCAUUCUGUAUUCUGUCUUUUUAUCAUGCCCAGCAGAUGUCAGUGUUGCAUCAAUAAUAUGAAAGUCUUGAAUUUGAGACGUUUUUGGUCAUGAAAGUCAGACAUUGAUUUUAUUAGCAGACACGCCAUGUUGUACACUGUUGAACCUAUUUAUUCAAUUGUGUGGAUGAUAUUGUUGCAAAUCACUGUGGCUGACAAGUUCCAGAAACCUGUCCUGAACUCUGUUAUCUUCAUCAA